AUGGAUGAAAAGGCAGCAGGAGAAAAGAGACUGCUACAACUUGAAGAGUUAGAGAAAUUUAGAGGGAACACAUAUAAGAAUCAUAAAUUGUACAAAGAAAAGAUGAAGAAGUGGCACGAUAAAAGGAUCAGGAAUAGAGAUCUAAAAAUUGGCCAGAAAGUGUUGCUCUUCAAUUCCAGACUCAGACUAUUUCCAGGAAAACUCAAAUCAAGAUGGACUGGGCCAUACCAAAUUGUGAAUGAUGCAGGAAAUGGAAACUUUGAAAUUCAAGGAUCAGAACAUGGUCGUUCCUUCAAGGUUAAUGGACACAGAUUAAAGUUAUACGCUGAUGAAACCUUCAAUGAAAAAGAGGAAAGUAUCCCCCUCUCUGAAUCCACCUGA